GAUAAGCCUUUGAUAAAUGAUAAUGCCACAUCCAUAUCAUCAUCGAAAACUACAUCAUCAUCGAUGAUGAUGGCAAAUGAUUCCAUUCUGAAUAAAUCCGAUCAUCAUCAUCUUCAUCAACAACAACAGCAUUCGAAAUUUCCAAAUGUCCAAAGUUAUACUGAACAAGAUAUAUACAAUUAUUCCAAUUAUAGCCUCACAUCAAUUAAGGCUAAACAACAGCAACAGAAUUAUAGUUAUGAUUUAAAUUAUUCAAAAAAUCGAUCACAAAAUUCUGGAACGAAUCAAACGGAAAUUGAUGAAAAAGAAGAGCCCGAUUAUUUUCAGGAUAUGGUGCCCGAAUUUAAAAAACCUAAAACGAUUUAUGUGAAUAAACAUGAUCAUCCAAUGGCCGAUAUCCAUAAUAAUGACGAAAAUGAGCUUAAUAAAAUUGAACGAAAAUUUCGUUUUAUGCAACAAAAUCAACAUCAACAAAAUGAUCCUUAUCAAAUGAAUAAUAAUCAUUCAUCAUCUAUGUUGGAUGAAACAAAAUUCACUAAUCAAUUUGGUAGUCUUGAUGAUAUCGAUAUAUCCGUAAAUCCUAGUCAAAUGGACAUGAAAAUCACUAGCUGGGAAGAAAUGGCCAAUGAAGAUGAAGAAUUAUGGAUUGAUACGGAUCAACAAUUGGAAACAAUGCGACGACAACGUCGUGAACAACGUCUUAAUGAACAUCGUCGGCAACGACAAUUGAAGCAAUUGGCUAAAAAAUGAACAAACAAACAAACAAACAAAAAAAAAAUAAAUAAAAGCGCUCAGGGGAUUAUCAUUCUAGAAAAAAGAAUAUUCUUUAUUAAUGAUGAUUGAAAAAAAAACGUAUAAUAUAUCGAUAUUUAAUGAUGACGACGAUAAGGAUGAUGCUGGUGAUGGGUGCAAAUAUUCUUUGGAUGACAAUUAAAUGAGAGAUUUCAUAAUAUCAUUGGUUCAUUUGUUUUUUUUGUUGUUCGUUGUUAUAUCGAUACUUGAAUCCUCAUCGGAUUAAUUUAAACGAUCAACCAGAAUGGAUCAACAACAUGGAAUAUUUCAGGCUUUAUAUACUGUAGUGACAAUUCUAUGGAUUUUUUUUUAUUAUAUAUUUAAUUUAUUAAGCUCAGACACACCCUCCA